GGAGCCUGGUGAGCUAUGGUCCAUGGGGUCGCAAAAGAAUCCAACAUGACUGAGCAACUAAACAACAGCUUAUUUUGAAUACCAGUUGUUUUUCAGGUGCAUAUGUUACAUCUGUUUUCUCCCAAUCUGUAGCUCAUCUUUUCAUCUUUUAAAUGGUGUCAUUUUGAAAAGAAAUUUUUAAUUUUGAUGAAGUCCAUACUAUCAGUGUUUCUCUUAUUGUUUGUUUUCCAUUUCCUAAGAAAAUAUUUGCCUACUCCAAAGUCAUUGUGAAGUCUACUAAUAAACCCAUCAAAAGCAGUCUCCAUUUCUGUUAUAAGCGAUUUUUAUCUCUAGCAUUUCUUUUUGGUUCUUUCAAAAAUCUGUUUGCGUUGUCCAGCUGUUCAUGCAUGCUGUCUGCUUUAUGCAUUACAGCCGCCUGAGCCACCAGGGAAGCCCAUAUUACUCAUAGUUGUUUUAAGCUCCUGGUCUGGUAAUUCCACCAUCUGUGCCAUUUCUGAUUGUGAUGUUUGCUUUGUGACUUCAGAUUGUAUUUUUUGCCUUUUGUAGACCUUGUAAUUUUUACUUGUUAAUCAGACAUGAUGUAUCAGGUAAAAGGACCUGCUGUAAAUGUGGGCCAUAAAGUAUAGGAGGAGGGGAGCAUUAUAUAUCCUAUGAUUAGGUGCCAGUCUUUUAGUGAGCCUGUGCCUCUGGAUUGUGAAAUUCUCGAGUGUUUCUCAGUUUUUCUCUCCUCUGCUUAUGUGGCACAGGAUAGCUAGAAUGUGUUGGGUGUGGCUGUCCUGCUCAGCUCUGUUAGCUGCUGGUUAUACCCAAGCAGGCUAGGUUCUGGUUUCUCCUGAGGGUAUGCCUAGUUAAAAAUAGAGUACUUAGGGACCUCCCUGGUGGUGCAGUGGAUGAGAAUUCUCCUGCCAGUGCAUGGGACUCGGGUUCAGUCCCUGUUCUGGGAAGAUUCUACCUGCUGUGUGGAGCAGCUCAGCCUGUGAGGCACACUGCUGAAGCCCGCAUGCCCUGGAGCCAUGCUCCAGAAGAGAGAAGACGCCGCUGCGGUGAGGAGCCCCCACUCUGCAACUGGAGAGAGCCCGCAUGCAGCCACGAAGACACAGCACAGGCAAGAAGGAAAGAGUGGGCCGGUGGACCGCUUAGAGUCUACCAUGGCUCAAGAAUCUCCAAAAAAUUCAGCAGCAGAAAUCCCAGUGACUAGUAAUGGGGAAGUUGACGACUCUCAUGAACAUGGCUUUAAUAGGGAUUUGAAGCGUUCAUUACCAGCUGGACUUGGUCUCUCAGAAACGCAAAUCACAUCUCAUGGCUUUGACAGUACCAAAGAGGGGGUUAUUGAAGCAGGAGCACUUCAAGGUUGCCCAGCACCACCUCUGCCAUCUGUUAUGUCCCCCAGCAGGGUGGCAGCUAGCCGACUGACUCAACAAGGAAGUGAUUUAAUUGUUCCUGCAGGUGGCCAAAGAACCCAGACAAAAAGUGGGCCAGUUAUUCUAGCAGAUGAAACUAAAAAUCCUGCAAUGGAAAAGUUAGAACUUGUUAGAAAAUGGAGUCUAAAUACCUACAAGUGCACUCGACAAAUUAUCUCUGAGAAGCUGGGCCGUGGAUCAAGAACUGUGGACCUUGAACUUGAAGCUCAGAUUGAUAUAUUAAGAGAUAACAAGAAAAAAUACGAAAAUAUUCUAAAACUUGCUCAGACCCUGUCGACCCAGCUUUUCCAGAUGGUGCAUACCCAAAGGCAACUUGGAGAUGCAUUUGCUGACCUGAGUUUAAAAUCACUGGAACUCCAUGAAGAAUUUGGCUAUAAUGCAGAUACCCAGAAGCUGCUAGCUAAAAAUGGAGAGACUCUUCUAGGAGCCAUUAAUUUUUUCAUUGCCAGUGUAAACACUUUGGUGAAUAAAACAAUUGAAGAUACAUUAAUGACCGUGAAACAGUAUGAAAGUGCCAGAAUUGAAUAUGAUGCAUAUCGUACUGAUUUGGAAGAACUGAAUCUUGGACCACGUGAUGCAAACACUCUGCCAAAGAUUGAGCAAUCACAGCAUCUGUUCCAAGCACAUAAGGAAAAGUACGAUAAAAUGCGCAAUGAUGUUUCUGUCAAGUUAAAAUUUCUAGAAGAAAAUAAGGUUAAAGUGUUACACAAUCAGCUGGUCCUUUUUCACAAUGCCAUUGCCGCUUACUUUGCUGGGAAUCAGAAGCAGCUUGAACAGACACUUAAACAGUUCCAUAUCAAAUUGAAAACCCCUGGAGUUGACGCCCCGUCUUGGCUUGAAGAACAGUAAAAUCACACCUGGAAACAAAGAGAAAGUCACGUUGUUAUAUUUCUAAACAAACCUAGUAAGAAUUAAGCAGAGUUGGGGGAAGAGAAAAGGGGUGACAACCAUUGUAGUGAUUCUUGCACAAACAGCUUUAAUUUUUCCCUUUUUCGUACUUUUAACAAUUGAGCUGUUAAAUUUGAUGGGGAGCUGGGUGGUUUUAAUGUAAACGUAAUUUCUAUAACCUGAACACAAUAAUCUUCCUUUUUGAGAAAUCCUUUUGUAUUGUGAGGGUCGAUGGCUAUUUCUGUAGUUUGAAAACACCUAAUAUAGAUUUGCACUGACAAGAUAAAAAUUCAAGGUUUUUGGUCCUGCAAAUGAGGACCAGUUGUAACUUUUCCAAAGGAAGGUUUACAUGAUUUGUAUCAACAUCAGAUAUUUUAUAUAAGAAUAUAUUAAACAUCUUUAAGAGAGUCAUUUUCAUGUAUUGUCUUAAAGAGAAAAAGAGACUAUUUUGCAGAGUAAUAUUAUAUGGUGUUCCUGCAGCACCCACACAGAGGCGGCAGCUCUGAUGAAUGACUGAUUGGCUUGUGGAGUUGUGGCAGAUACCUUUUUAAAAAAUCAAUCUCUACCAUUGUAAUUUUGUUUAGACUUUUUCUUCAAGACACAGGAAUCACACUGUCAUUUCUUUGAGGCUUUUGAACUUAAGAAUUUGCAUUACCCAAAGUCAUGGAGCAGUUCUGUUAGCAGUUUCUUUUGAUUCAUAAUGAAACCUGCUUGAGAGAAUUUUUUUGACAGGUGGAUCUGGGAGUAGAAAUUCUCAGUGGUUUCUAGAGUAAAAAAUCUGUGCUUAUUAGAAAGCUAGUUUUUGGGUAAAUUCCAUUUUGACAGAAGUGAAUUCCUAGACAGCUUUCAUUGACUUCCAUAUGUAACAAUACCGGUUAAGCCUUAAAUCACAGAUAUGUGCCUUCUCAGAUACAGUAAUUCUCAUUCAACCAAUGUACAUAAAUCCAUAAAGAAGCCCCUUUCAGAUAAUGUUUGAUGUGUCUGUUCCUUCCUUGGAAAGGAGCACUGUGUAUAAAUGUUGAAUUUCUUUAUAUUCAUUAAGCCACGUUUAAGGUUUAUGGAGAAAUCAACUUCUGAAUUUGCCAUUUGGAUUUUCCUUGUUCAUUUUGCGAAAGGGGAAGACGAAGGACUUGUUUGCCUUUGAGUAGGGGAAAAGGACCGUGGGUCAGUGUGGUCGCAGCAAGACGGCGGGGCUGGAAGGGCCUGUGCUGUUUCGGUUGCUCAGCACUGUUGGUUCUGUGUAUGGCCUUCUGCGUGAUUUUAUCAGUAAUGUAACCCUUUUUCAGUAUAAGUUCUCUUGAUUUUUGUCAUAGACAUAAAUUAAUAUCUUGAGAUACAUCUCUUCACCUGUUCAUUUCUUUUGUGUUGAAAUGAAGUACUUAAAAUUACUGUUAUACCAGAACUUCAUGGACUGUAAGAUUUGUUAUAUAUGUUCAAAUGCCAUUUAGCUGGCUUUUUAAUUAAUAUGCUUGUUUUCAAUGCUUAACACAGUGUAAUGUGACUGUAAAUCAUAAACCUAUUUUUAAUCAUUCCCUCCUGUAUAUUUGUACUCUGAGAGAGCCUUAUUUUGUUCUUCCAGCAGAAUUACUACUUGUGAUAGUUCAUUUACAUUCCCCAGAAUGUGCCUCUGGUGUGAAUUUUGUAUUCUUAUUAAACGUGUUUGCUGCGGUACCUCA